GCGGCCAGAAGCAGAGAGGAGCGACUUGAGGAGCCGCUGGAGCUCGUGAGGUUGACGCGGCUCGGAAGGGAGGGCGGCUUCUGUUGGAGAUGAACGGAGUGUCGCUGCAGCUGGAACCCUUUGAUUCGGGAAUCUUUCUCCGUCCUGAGACUGGGAGCCGGGAAAGUCUGAUUUGAGACGGGGAAAGCUUUCGGAGAGCUCCUGCCUCAGUCUGAGGUUAGGGGCACAGAGGAGGACAUUAAGUGGGAGUGUUUCCCGGAUCAAAAGAAAGCCUCUCCUGAAACGCCAAAAAUGACAGCUCGCCUCUGCUUCCUCUUACUGGCCGCUCACGCGAUGGUUGCGAGCGCGCAGCCGGAGCCAAAGAACCAAAUCCCCCAGCUGUCCGUCACUCAGAGGCUCGGCCUGGUCCAGAGGAAGGCGCAGGACCCGGCCCGGCCCAACAUCACCAUGCCGCGCCGCCGCCUGCCGCCCAUGUGCACGGGGCCCACGGAAAUCCGGGACACUUUCAAGUACAUCAACACGGUGGUAUCCUGCCUGGUGUUUGUGGUCGGCAUCAUCGGCAACUCGACUCUCCUGAGGAUCAUCUACAAGAACAAGUGCAUGCGGAACGGGCCGAACAUCCUCAUCGGCAGCCUGGCGCUCGGAGACCUGCUGCACAUCAUCAUCGGCAUCCCCAUCAACGUCUACAAGCUCCUGGCAGAGGACUGGCCGUUCGGGGUGACUCUGUGCAAGGUUGUGCCGUUUGUCCAGAAGGCAUCCGUGGGGAUCACCGUGUUGAGCCUGUGCGCUUUGAGCAUUGACAGGUAUCGUGCCGUGGUCUCCUGGAGCCGCAUCAAAGGCAUCGGCGUUCCGAAGUGGAUGGCCAUCGAGAUCGCCCUCAUCUGGAUCUUAUCCGUCAUCCUGGCCGUUCCAGAGGCAAUAGCCUUCGACAUGAUCACCAUGGACUACAAAGGGGAGCAGCUGAGGAUCUGUCUGCUGCACCCCAUGCAGAAGACGGACUUCAUGAGGUUUUAUAAAUCAGCGAAGGACUGGUGGUUGUUCAGCGCGUAUUUCUGCUUGCCGUUGGCCUGCACGGCUAUCUUCUACACCCUGAUGACCUGCGAGAUGCUGAGGAAGAAGAACGGGGUGCAGAUCGCUCUUAGCGACCACAUCAGACAGCGGAGGGAGGUGGCCAAGACGGUGUUCUGUCUGGUUCUGGUGUUCGCUCUGUGCUGGCUUCCUCUCCACCUCAGCCGCAUCCUGAAGCUCACCAUCUACGACGAGAAGGACCCAAACCGCUGCGAGCUGCUCAGCUUCUUCUUGGUGCUGGACUACAUCGGCAUCAACAUGGCUUCUGUCAACUCCUGCAUUAACCCCAUCGCCCUGUACAUGGUCAGCAAGCGCUUCAAGAACUGCUUCAGGUCCUGUCUGUGCUGCUGGUGCCUACCUGCCGAAAUGCUGAUGGACGAGAAGCAGUCGUGUAUGAAGCUCAAAGUCACCGAGCGAUCCUCCGACCAGAGCCACUCCCGCAUCACCAACAAGUCCAGCACCGCGUGAGGAGAGAGGAAGGUGCAGCCGGAGGCGGGGGGACUAGGACCCAAAAAACAAAAAGACAAGAAAGCAAGAAAAACAUAUUUGAUGUACGACCGGGUGAAAGAGGCCGAAUUCUUUUCUCCUGGAAGAUGUCAUGCGAGCGCUCCAGAUGCGCCUGCACAGAAACUCGCUCUUUUUUCCGGAGAGAGAUGGGAGUGGAGCGUCAGCGAAUUCCCAAAGCUCCACUGUUUCAUAGUGGAGAUGUGGUUCACUUUUUCUUUUUUUUUUUAAAGAUGGAGCCAAUGUUGGAAAGAAGAAGAAAAAAGAAAAAACGAUAAAAUUGAAGAGUGUUGCUCUGAAAAGGGUCAAAGGUCAUCCCGCUGCAACAGCAAAUCAAACCCGCAGUCUGGAAGGAGACUGUAACUUUGACCCAAUGAAUCUCAUCAUAUGGACGGUUGUACGUCUGCUGCAGACGCUCUCGAACACGGCUCUAUGGUGGCUCUGAGGCUGAUGUUGUUCAUGCGAUGUGUAUCCAGUUAAGUGAAUGUAUGUGUUAAUCAUCUUGCAUGCUAAGCAUACUUACCGCGAGGGGUGUGACGAGAUCGCAGCAACGAGCUCUUGCAAUAUUGAAACGCCAUCUGGUUGCUGUUUGUCUCUGACUGUGUCUGUUGAAGUAAUUCUUCAGAGGACAUUUAACCUGGCGCUUUGUUUCUCUUAUUUUUUUGCAUCCCUUAUUUUGAAGUAAGGAAGGAAGUCGUUGUUGAGUUGUGUUGACAGAGUCAACCGUUUGAAGAGGCCUGUGCUACUUUUAAAGGUUUGACUUGUGUGAUGUGAAAGUGUUUCUGUUGCAAUUUUGUGAAAUGCGCAAAUUUUGGUUAUCAAAAAACCUCAUAUUAGGACAAAACUCUUUUACCAAAAAUGUGCUUUUUUAAAACUAUAAAAUAAAAUAAGAUUGGUGCGUUUUCAUUCAGCAAAUUCAUUGUAAUUCAAACUCACACAAUUUUAUGGCCAAUGGAAACACAGGUACUAACACUCUUCGGUGUAGAGGCUAUUAAAGAGUCAUAUUCUCAGAGUGGAUAUUUCUGCCUUAACGGAGACUCUAUGACAUAUUCAAGAAACCUUUGCGGUAUUGUUUUUGGCUUCAGCUUCCACCAAGCUUUGACAUUGCACAUUAUGUGUAAACAAAUCAAAACUCGACUGAAUUGUUUCACAAAUGUUUCCAGAUUCUUUGCUACAGAAACUCCCCAAAGGUUGAACGGGUGGCUGGACUCCAGAUGUGGACAAUUACAGCGAAAGCGUCAAUGCUUCAGAAUCAAACGGGUCGGAGAAGGGCCGUUGAGCCUCUGGACCGAGCGCGGGUUCUUCGGUACUAAAUAUUACGCACAUCUAUAAUUGCAUGCAUCUAGCACCGCUGAGAUCUCUUCCCCUUUAUUCUGUGUGUGAAAUAAAAACUGGACUUUCUUAGUUUACUCAAAAAUACAUAGAUUUACAAACUCUAUAGAUGGAGUUAGCUUGUAGCUUUACAUCGCUACAAAAGAUCUGUUCUUUUCUUGCUCGGUUUUUUUUUUUUAAACUGAAAGUAUUGCUUGUUUUAACGACGGUCAUGUUGGUUUGCAUGCUGUGCCAUGAUUGAAAAAUUUUCUGUCACUUUAAAUUUUUUUUAUCCACUUAUCAUUCUAAGUUUUGACGAAAUGAGUUGUUCACAAAUGGAGCCAGCUGAUCAGCAUCUCCGAAGCUGACACGUGACUCAGACUGCAACCAAAAAUGCAAAAACCAAAAAGGUCUUUUUCAGAAUAUCGAGUCAUUUUGAAAUGGAAAAAAAAUAAAUAAAUAAAAACGUCUCCUCUCGUUUGCCACUUUAGUGCUUUAGAGUUGUAUUUUCUCUCUGAAACUACUGAAGUCAUGUGUUUCUGUGCAGUGGCUUUAAUUAAUGGCUGGCCUCACUUUUUCUAUAAUCUUGUCUGACUCAUCACCUUCGCUGGUAUUGGUGACGUACACAUUUUCUUCCAACACACAAAAUAAUAACAAUAAAAAUAAUUUUAAAAAAGA